AUGUCGCAACUCGCUGCUCGAGAUCAACGUUUGAUAUGGAUUGAUUGUGAGAUGACAGGCCUGAAUCACGAGAAACAGACGUUGGUGGAAAUCGCGACGAUUGUUACUGAUGGGGAUCUUAAUAUAGUCGCUGAGGGACCGGAUAUUGUAAUACACCAACCAGAAGCUGUUCUUCUAAAUAUGGAAAGAUGGCCACGAGAAACAUUCAGCCGGAAUGGUCUCCUCAGAAGAAUUCGCGAAAGCACCAUUAGCCUGCGCGAAGCAGAGGAUAUG